AAAAUGACUGACUGAUAGUAAGUGAUGUGUGACGCUAGUAGUACUACAAAUUUCACCGUGCUUAUCCAGUUAAGUGGGAGCUCAAUGUAUAAGAAGACUGCCAAAUGAAAUCAAUAAUAAGAAGACAAAGUCAUGGAGAGCUGGGGUCUUAGACCUGUGGCUUACAGCAAAACCCCUCCCAUCUACUUAGAAAAAGUUGGUACAACAGUCAGGAUCAUGUUCUUUGACUUUUUCAGUGCUUUUGACACCAUUUUGCCUCAGGAGCUGGUGAAAAAAGGCUUUGAAUCGUGAUGUCCCCACAAUCUACUGAAUCAUGGACUACCUGAACAACAGACAGCAGCUUGUGAGGCUCAGGGACUAUGUGGCAGAAGUUGUGGUGAGUAAUGCUGGAGGACCUCAGAGAACUAUCCUGUCUACCUUCCUGUUCACCCACUACACAAUCAACUUCCUACACAAUGCACCACAUGCCAUCUACAAAAUGUUUUAGAUGACUCUUCCAUCACAGGUUGCAUUAAUAAUGGAAACAAGUCAGAGUACAGAAAAGUUGUGGAGAACUUUGUCUUGUGGUAAAAGGAAAAAAACUUGCAACUCAACAUCAGCAAUACAUUGGUGUGCCAAGAAGCCCCUGUGACCAAUCACCAUUCGGGGAGGACAUGGAAGUGGUGCAGAGCUACAAGUACCUAGGGGCUCACAUGAAAAACAAAUCAGAUUGGUCUGACAACACAGUGAUGCUGGACAAGAAGAGCCAGAGCAGACUUGACUUCCUAAGGAGACUCAGGGCUUUAAAUGUGUUCAGCAAGCUGCUUGAAAUGUUCUACCAGUCCAUAGUAGCCAGUGUGGUGUUCUAUGCUGCAGUCUUCAGGGGACACAACCUCAGCUCAAAAAAAGCACAAUGCCUGAACAAACUUAUUAGGAAAACCUGGUCCAUCACAGUGAGAGCCCUGGACACACUGGAAGCUGUUGUAGAAAAGCAGAUGGUAGCAAAAUUGGAUGCCAUCAUGAAAAAUCCCAUCCAUCCCCUACAUAAGUUUUUCACCUGCCUGUCAUAAAAUCCUCUAAUAUUUUACUUGGGACUGAAGGAAAGCCCAUCACCUUGUCUUCAAGUACAACUAAUAUCAUGGAUAUUGAAAGUGUGACUUGGAGAAGAGAUGGAAACACAAUUGUAAUGUCUACCCAGAAGGCUCCACCUCCUGCUUGGAGAGACAGAGUACAGCUAAAUAGUAAUGACUGGUCUUUAACAAUCCACAAACUAAGGCUAGAAGACAGUGGAGAAUACCAGCAGGUGGUUUCAACUUUAGGAAAGCAGCUUCCAACUUACUGUGUCACACUUCAGGUAUAUGAAACAAUUAAAGAUAUUGUGAUCAGCAUAAAUAGAAGUGAAGCAAGUGGUAACAACACUUGCAACAUUACUCUGCUCUGCAUCACCAACAUCCACAAUCAGGUCAAUUACAGUUGGAUCAGACCAGAAUCCUUUAACGGUGACACCUCAAGGAGCCAAGAUGGAAAACUCGACUUGUUACUUAGCCACGAAGAUAAAGACAUUGUCUUCACUUGCCAAGCUAGUAAUCCUGUGGAUAACGUCAAUAAAAGUGUACAACCUUGGAAGGAAUGUCAGCAUCAAAAAAGAGGUAAUGUAACAAAAAAUAAUUAAACUAAAAUAAUUUAUGCAAGUGAAAACUGGAUGGAGAUUGUCAAAUUAUGGUUAUAUUGUUACAGCACCAAUAUUAAUAUGCAUACUGUAUACUAAUUCAUAAUAAGUGAGGGGUGUCAGUGUCAAGGUGAAUAAGUAAACAUUAAAGGUGAACAUUGAAUGUGGAUUAAACGACUCCUAAAAUGUGUGGUUUUUCUUCAGAUGGAAGGAGAAAGAUAAUACAGACUAUUUGUAAAUUGUUCUAAAAAUUACAGGACAAAUAGUAACAAAACAUUAUAUUGGAUCUGCAAGCCUGAUUAAUCUAGCUCAGGGAUGAAUGUGAGAAGAAAACUAUCCCUGCUGAAUCUUACAUAAGGCAGGAACCACCUCUAAGUGGACACCAGUACGCUGUAUACAUUGACCGACACUCAUAUAGGGUCAUUCUAUAGUUGUCAGUUAUUCUACGCUGCACAUCUCUGAAGACACAUUGAGAACUGAACUAACUAGAUGCAUAAAACAAACCAGUGUGAUGGAGAUGUAUACAUGUGGUAGAGCGUAUCAUAAGCUAGCUCCAUAACUAUCCAGCUCUCUGUUGACAUUCAUACCUUCUUUCAAAGUUUAGAAUGACUUAGGUUUAUAGCUUAUGAUGACAAGAGGUGAGUGGAUGUAGUCAGUUAACCUGUAUUUCUUCCUUCUGGUCUAACAAAAAAAUGACGUGCAUUACUACCUCAUAGUGCCUGCUCAACUUAGCUAGAUAUCUUCAUGGUGGAACUACAUGUAAUUUAAGGGCUAAAGCAGUAGGUACACAGUUUCACGUUUUGGUGUUGCUAGUGAAUAAUAGGCAGAUAUGGUUGAAGCAAUAGGUUUUAUGGUCGAGUUUGAUAGUUGCAUUGAUGACUUUAUUUUAACUUCCUCAAAAUAAGCAAUAUAUCUAACAUCUUUUAGAAGCAUACCAUAUCAGGCAGAAGAUUUCUGUGUUAAUAUAAUCCUCGAUUUAUUUUUAAAAUUCAUUUUCAUUUGAUUCAUAAUAAGAGUACAAUUCAACCUCAAGAGUGUAAAAUUAAGUGCCCAAAAGGGGUAUCAAAAGUAUCAUUUAAAAUUAAGUGCUUAUCAAGGUGCUCAACAAGUGCUUGAAGUAUUCACCCACAAAGUACAGGGAAUUCAUGCAUUUUUAAAGAAUUAGUACCUAACUAAGAAAUAAAAAUGAGAAAUU